AUGUCUCGAUUGGAUAAAUUACUUGAUUUAAUCGAAACUGCUCCAACACCUGCUGCUCGUAGAGCUGCAGCUCUUCAAUUAGGUGAGAUUAUUAAUUCAAAACCAGAAGAAAUUGGGAGAUUACUGACACGAUUAUACCCAUAUACCAUUCACAAAAAAUUUGAAACAAGGACUGCAGCUGGAAUUGCUGUAGAAGCGAUGGCAAAGAAUGUUCCUGUAGUGAGAUGUGCUCCAUUAAAAGAGCCCUGGACUUUUGAAACAUUUAAUUUAGAUGAAAUUAUGAAAACACAUAAAGUAUUAUUAGCAAUGGAUGAUAGUAAACAAAAAGCACAACCUGUAGAAAUAGUUUCAAGUAGUAAAUUAAGUACUCGUCAAAAGUUGAUGAUGAAAAGAAAAGCAAAAAAAGCACAAGAAAAGGAAACUGAAGUUAUAGAAACAACAGAAAAAUUAGAUUUUAAUUGUGACGGAUGGCCAUUUGAAUUAUUUUGUGAGAAAAUGAUGCAAAACAUAUUUGACCCUAAAUGGGAAAUCAGACAUGGUGCAGCUAUAUGUCUAAGAGAAGUUUUAAGAGCACAAUCAAAUGCAGUAGGAAAAGAAUGGAGAAUAGAUUUAACAUUAAAAUUAUUAUCAGUUAUUUCAUUAGAUAGAUUUGGUGAUUUUAUUUCAGAUACAGUGAUUGCACCAGUUCGUGAUACUUGUGCUCAAGUUAUUGGUAUUGCUAUUAGAAAUUUAGGAGAUGAAGUUAGUAAAUUUAUUAAGAUUAUUUGUCAAAUGUAUCAUAAAGAUGAAUGGGAAGUAAAACAUGGGGCUUUAUUAGUAUUAAAAUAUACUGUUGCUAUUGUUGAUAAAAAACAAAUUCAAUCAAUUUUUAUUAUAAUUAAACCAAUUCUAAUUGAAGCAUUAACAGAUGUUGGCCAUGAUGAAUCAGUUGCUGUGGCAGCAGAAGUUAUGAGAGAAUUAGUAGAUUUUAUGAAAUCUGACUUUGAGCUUAUUCAAAAAAUACGUUCUUUGUUAUGGGAUGUUUUAGAAGAUUUGGAUGAACUAACUGCAUCAACAAAUAAUGUUCUUCAGUUAUUAGAGUGUGUUGAUAGAAUAGCUGCUGAACAAGCCCCAAUUCCAAUUACAAUAUUAAUUGAUCAAUAUAUUCCUAAAUUGCUCCCAUUUUCUGGACAUGUAUUACCAAGUGUACGAACAGCAGUAAUGGAAACUUAUCAUAGUGUUUUAUCUCAAAUUCUUUCACAACUAACUGCUGCUUUACCUCAUCAGCCAAAAAUUCCUCCAACAGGAAAGUCACUUGAAAAAUUAUUUUUCCAAUGUUGUGCUGCUGUUGUAUCUGAAGCUAAUGAUUAUUUACCUACAAUAGAUGAUUUAUUGAAUGAACCUAUUGAUAAUCCUAUUCCACAUAAUAAUCGUCUUCUCCAUCAUGCUGUAGCUAAUGCAGGUUUAUUAAUUACUAUUAUUACUCACGCUUUCCCAGAAACAAUAAAUAACAUUGUUAAAGAAUUACCAAAAUUAUUAAGAGUGUUUGAAUUAGGUAGUGAAGGUAAAAUUGAUAAAAAAGUUGUUUCUGUGAUUAGUAAAGUAAAACGAGAUGCUCCUAUUGCAGAACAAAAGGAAAGAAUUGACAUACUUUUUAAUGGAGGAACAAUUGUUGCUCGUAUUAUUGAAGCUGCAAGAAAGGUUGGAAAUGAUGCUGAAAAUUGUAUUCUUCAAUCACUAAAUUCUCCACAAUCAAUUAUGCUUGCUGCAUUAGCAACUGAAUUUGAAGAAACACAUGCACCAUUAAUUAGAACAAAAUUAGAAGAAAUAUAUUCUAAUUAUCAAUAUGAUGAUUUUAAUUCAUUUGAUUGGAAGAUGAUUGUUGAAACAUAUAAAGAGAAUAGUGCUGGAUUAAAUUUACCUUCAAUUAAUAAUAGUAGAGAACUUAUUCAAAUUUUACCUAAAUUAAGAGAAUUAGUUCCUAAUAAAAUUUCUAAACUUGAACAUUCAUUAAAAACAUAUAACGAAAUGGUUCAAGGAGUUAUUUGUAGGACAAAAGCAAUUGUCAUUGGUGCUAUUUAUCCUUCUGUAAGAGAUCCUACUUUAUUACAUGAACCAAUAUUAAGAGAAUAUUCUCCAUUAUUAACUGAACAUUUUACUAUGUUAUUUCAUCGUUUAUAUCAAAAUACAACUGAUACACAAUCAUUAGGAUUUUUCUUCGCUACAUUAAUCGACCAUCUUAAACCAAUGUAUUCUAAUAUCAUAGAAUUAAUUAACAAUGAACAAAUUACUUUUUAUAAUCUUACUUUACCAUAUUCUUUACAUUAUUUCUUAAAAUUCUUAGCACAAAAUAUUGAAUAUAAACAUUAUUUAUUAUCAAUAUUAACUCCACUACUUGUAGAGCCUCCACCUGAUGAUCCAACAACAUCCUUAUAUUAUCCUUUAUCAAUUUCUGUUUUACCAUUUCUUCCUACUUGUCCAUUACAUGUAGACCAUAUUAAAACAUUAUUAAAAAAUGUUCAUUCAAGUCAUGCUUUUCUUAUCGCAACAACACUUUCUCGUUUAUUAAGAUUACAUAAAGAAUUAUUAACUACAUUUAUUACAUUAAUAUACCCUCAAUUAUCAGUCACUUCUCCAACAUUAUUAGCUGCAUUACAUAUUUUCCACCACAUGUGUUUAUCACCUACAAUGGCUACAUUAUUAAUUCCUGUCUUCCCAUUAUUGAUAACUCCAUUUUUAGGAGUUAUGAAUUCGAAUCAUGAAAGUAAUAUUAGGAGAUUAGGUGCUCAAUGCUUUAGCGUUGUACUAAGAUAUCUUCCACUUCAUGUCACUCCACCACCUGAUCUUCCUGAUAAAUUACGUGAUGAAAUUGAACAAAAGAAGAUUUUUAUUUCAUUCCUUUUUGAUGGUAUUAGAAGUCAAUCUAUAUCUCAAUUUUCUGUAUUUAAUCAUCCAAUUAAUGGAAAAUUAAGACCGUAUCAAUUAGAUGGUAUUUCAUGGCUUUUAUUCUUACAUAAAUAUUGUAUUAAUGGAAUUUUAUGUGAUGAUAUGGGUUUAGGAAAAACAUUACAAACACUCUGCUUAUUAGUUACUGUUCAUAAAGAAGCUGAAUAUCCAAGUCUAAUUGUUUGUCCACCAACAUUAACAGGACAUUGGAAACAUGAAAUAGAACAAUUUAUAAGUCAGUCGGACCUCAAAGGAGUUUUGUAUACAGGGUCAGUAAAAGAACGGUCUGUUGUUUUAAAUUCACUAAGAAAGAAAGAUAUAUUGAUAGCUUCAUAUGAAAUGGUUAGACAUGACUUAGAACAGUUUAAAACAAAGAGAUUUACUUAUUGUGUAUUAGAUGAAGGCCAUAUUAUCAAAAAUCCUAAAACAAAAUUAACACAAGCAGUAAAACAAAUUAUUUCAUUACAUAGAUUAAUAUUAACUGGUACACCAAUUCAAAAUAAUGUAUUAGAAUUAUGGUCAUUAUUUGAUUUCUUAAUGCCAGGAUUUUUAGGAACAGAAAAAGAAUUUAGUGAGAGAUAUUCUAAACCAAUUCUUGCUGCAAAAGAUGCUGCUUCUCCAGAAGACCAAGAACGAGGAGUUAUUGUAAUGGAAAAAUUACAUAGACAGGUCUUACCAUUUAUUUUAAGAAGACUUAAAGAAAGUGUACUUCAAGAUUUACCACCUAAGAUUAUUCAAGAUUAUUAUUGUGAUAUGAGCCCAGUGCAAAGAAUGUUAUAUCAAGAGUUUGAAUCAACAAAUGAUAUGGAUGAAAUAGUUCAACAAAAAUCUGACAAGAAACAAAAGAAUCAUAUUUUCCAAAUUUUAAAUUACUUUAGAAGAUUAUGUGUUCAUCCGAUGUUAGUUCUUGAUGAACAACAUCCAAUGAAACAAAAAGUUGAUGCUUAUUUAAAACAAGAAGGAAAAUCGAUAGAUGAUAUUACUAACUCUCCAAAAUUAAUGGCAUUAGCAGAAUUAUUGGAGAUGUGUAAUAUUGGAAAAGAUGGAGAACAUAGAGUUCUUAUUUUUGCUCAAAUGAAUAUUACAUUAGAAUUAAUAGAAAAACAAUUAUUUGCUAAACAAUUUCCUUAUAUCUCAUAUUAUAGAUUAGAUGGAAGUGUUCCACAAAAUAAAAGAACAGAAAUUGUUGAUAAAUUUAAAAUGAUCCAACAAUUGAUGUUUUAUUACUUACUACAAGAGUUGGUGGAUUAG